AUGGUCAUCUGUUCCCACCAAGUGGCACUUCACCCGUUCCACGAGUCUGACGUGAAUUGUAGCCUUGGUAAAGUUUAUGUCCCCAACCCUCACAACUGUGGUCAGUUCUACCAGUGCUUGCACGGAGAACCCAUUCUCAGGUCCUGUCCCGUCGGCCUGUAUUUCAACCCGAUAACACUGAACUGUGAUUGGCCGUUUGCAGUGAGCACCAUGGGAUGUUCUCAGCCGUUAGAGUUUGGGAGAGACUACAAUGGAACGGCCCGGGAAAUCGUCUUCCUGAGGAAAGUCGGUGAGUUAUCAGAUUCAAGCGACGAUUCUCCAUCUGCAACUGUCUGCCCAGAAGGAACCGUACCCAUUGACUGCGCAUGUUCUGCCCCGAGGCGGUGCGAUGGGGCAAUUAUUUCUAACAGGAAAUGCAAGGUAUUCAACGCUUUUCCACAACAGGGGCAACAGGCCAUUGCAACAUGCUUUGACUGAACUAACAACCAGUGAGUUUAAAUGGGUGAACAGCGGCAGUUGGCAGCGCGAUCCCGUGAGCACGUGUCCUAAAGGCUACCACCUCAUCAGGUGCCUUCUGCGAAACCCGUGGAGUAGAGCUGGUUACGUUCACCCCAAGGUCAACUUGGAGCUGAAUCGGUGUGAGACUGACGGGAUUUGUAGUGCAGGGCAGGGAUGCUCAGUCCAAGCGGUGUGCCAAGCGGACAUUGACGUCUGAAAGGUUGUGUAAACUGAGGCAAACUAACCAUCAGUAACAACUAUAGAAUAUAUCCGCGAACUUUUUUCCUAUCUUAAAACAAUCAGUGUCUGAGAUAUACAGCCUGUAAUGCACACCAGUUAUAUUUGCCACUUUAAUUUGUGAACGAUUGAUAGCCAGUAACCAUGCAGGGAGGAAUAUUGUCUGUUCAGUGAUGUAAUAGAAGAAACGUCGAAAUAUGCUUUGGAUGAAAACAAAACGAUUUAGCAAGAAUUGUUUGCUCACUCAAACGUGGAUGAGAUGUACACUGAAAGCAACAUAAUCUAUUGCUUGUAGGAUAUGGCUUCUACAAUGAAUACUUUUCUCAAUCGUAGGUAUUCACCGUGCUAUAAACGAUUUUGACACCUAAAGAAACAAAUCCUACAAAUAUUCA